UUAGCUCCGCCCCUGUGUCUAACCACACACACACACACACACACUCGCACACACACAUACAACCACACACGCACACACAGCGGCAGCAGCAGGGCAUUUCCAGACUGGCUGACUCAAAACUCCAGUAGGAUCUAAAACGAACAGCAGCGCAUCGUGUUAAACCCUCACCAUGGACCUGGACCGCGUAUUCUCCCAAAUGGACUACAUCGGGGGGGAUGCAAAAGAAGCCAAGUCGGGAGUGGGGACGACGGAGGAUCGGCUAGACAGCGGUCUAGACUCGCUGAAGGACGAAGAGUACCAGGCGGUGACGGCCGAGCUCACCCAGCUACGGGUCGAGUGCUCGCGGCCACAGCAGAAACAACCAACUUCGGUCACCGGAGAUGAACACAAAUGGAGAGAGCAGAUCACGGAGGACGGAGACACGCUGCUCCACCUCUCAAUCAUCCACGAGGCCAAGGAUUAUAUAAAAAACAUGAUAGAUUCAUCGAGGAACACGCACUUCCUCAACACACAGAACAUCCUGAGACAGACUCCCCUCCACCUAGCGGUGAUCACAGGCCAAGCCGACGUGUGUGAGCGGCUCCUGUUGGCGGGCGCCGACCCCACGGCGGUGGACGACAGAGGGGACACGGCCCUUCACAUCGCCUGUCGUGGUGGCAACCUGCUCUGCUUCAGCGUCCUCACACAGAACUGUCCGUCGGAGCAGUUACGAAAGGUCAUUUCCACCUGCAACUACAAGGGUCUGAAUUGCCUCCACCUUACCUGUGUUCAUGGUUUUCUCUCAUUGGUGGAGAGCCUUGUGGCGCUAGGGGCUGACAUUAACGCGCAGGAGCAGUGCAACGGUCGCAGCGCUUUGCAUCUUGCCGUGGACCUGCAGAGCCUCUCAUUGGUCAGGCUGCUGCUAAGGGGCGGGGCCGACCCCAACCACGUCUCCUACGGAGGCUUCUCUCCCUUCCACCUGACCUACGGUCGCCACGACGACGACAUCCGGAACGCCCUGUUCCCGCUGACGGACCCGUCGCUCCGGGAGCUGCCCGACAGCGAGCCGGAGGACAGCGAGGACGAGGGCGAGAAGGAGGAGGAGGACGGACCGACGGACGAGGAGGUGGGCUACGAUGACAUCCAGUGGAACGGACAUUAAGCAGAACCCAGCAGAGACACACAGGAAGCCGCCAACGAGGCAGUAGGAGGAGACCGCCAUGAAGAGAACGAUGGCGACGAUUACAAUGAGAGACUAAACACCACCGGUCACAUCGCAUUCACUUUCCCCCUGACCCCCUGCUGACGUGAUGGCCGAGAGAGGGGGGCUUGAGCGAUGGACUAGGCACCCCCACCGGAGAGGUUCUCCACAGACUAGAUGAUCGGCAGUCAGGGGACCCGGCGAUAGGACAAACGGACGGACUCGUCAACCAACACACUGACGGGUUGUGGUGGACGGCUGGGGUCUCCCGACACGCAGUGAGGGUCUGAAUGAAGACGUACUACAUGUCGACUGAACGGGGAGGGGAUAUUUUGUUCUGCCAUAAGUGGAUUGCUCACAUAACACAUUUAAAGUUGGCACACUUGGGUGUGUGGGGGGAGGGUGAAUAGAACAACCAAAAUCACUUAGCAUAAGUCCACACGAAAUAUGUAACGGCAACAACCAUGUUGUACGAUAUUGUAAAUGGCUGUGUAUACAAAGAUGUAUUUUUUAACGGAAGCUGUGAAGGUGUACAGUCGAGCAGGUUGUAAAUGUCAUGCAACGGAACAGUCCAGCACACCAUGGUAAAUUAAACACAUGUAUUUAACUCAAGCUUCACGCGUGCUGUGUCCUUUUUCUUUUAACGCGUGUCUGGCAGGUUUUUAUGUCAGGGCAUGAACAGGGGGCUGUAUCAGCGUUUCCAUCUACGGAAAAAUGUGUUCUCGUGACCGGUUUUGGCCAGCUGUCAGUUCUUCUGUCAGUGAUGUUUUUUCCUUUGAUUUAAAUAACAGAAAAGUUAGUUAUUGGUGUUAGUUCCCCUAUUCCUCAUCUUUCACGUAAAUGGACGGAAAGUACUCUGGCCAGGGUGUGAGUCUAGAGAGAACAUAUAAGGUAGCCGUUCGUAGGGAG